AGCGUCGGGUCGCUACCACCUAUCACGCCCCUCACCCUCAGACUCUCCUCCCUUCGCGGCCGACCCCGCCGCCGGCUUCCCCUCCCUCCCUCCCUUCCUCCCUCCCUCCCUCCCUCGCUCCCCUUUCCCGGCGUCUCCAGGCUCCCAGCAACUAGCCGCCUCCGGGCUGUCACGGCCCUGGCGGACGCCCGCCGGAUCUCCCAGCCGUGCUCGGCCCCUCGCGAGCUGGGGCCCCUUCCUGUGGCCCGUACCCCAACCCUUCCUCACCCCCUCCCAGCCGCCCCAUCCCCUCCCUGGCCGCUGAGAGCGUGUCUGCGGCUCCAGGGGAGGGACCGUUUCCUAAUCUCAGGCCGAGGUUAAAGUUCUGGUCCUGGUGAGAUGCUGGAAGCUGCGGCCAGAGCCGCAACCCGCCCUGGAGGUGACCUGUCGCUUAUCGUCGCCGCUGCUGCCGCCACUGCCGCCCGGCCGGGGCCAUGUUCGCUCUGGGCUUGCCCUUCUUGGCACUCUUGGUGGCCUCGGUCGAGAGCCAUCUGGGGGUUCUGGGGCCUAAGAACGUCUCGCAGAAAGACGCCGAGUUUGAGCGCACCUACGUGGAUGAGGUCAACAGCGAGCUGGUCAACAUCUACACCUUCAACCAUACUGUGACCCGCAACCGGACAGAGGGCGUGAGAGUGUCCGUGAAUGUCCUGAACAAGCAGAAGGGGGCUCCUUUGCUGUUUGUGGUCCGCCAGAAGGAGGCGGUGGUGUCCUUCCAGGUGCCCCUGAUCCUCCGAGGGAUGUUUCAGCGCAAGUACCUCUACCAAAAGGUGGAGCGAACGCUGUGUCAGCCCCCCACCAAGAAUGAGUCCGAGGUCCAGUUCUUCUACGUGGAUGUGUCCACCCUGUCACCAAUCAACACCACGUACCAGCUCCGCGUCAGCCGAAUGGAUGACUUCGUGCUCAGGACCGGAGAGCAGUUCAGCUUCAAUACUACGGCAGCACAGCCCCAGUACUUCAAGUAUGAGUUCCCGGAAGGAGUGGACUCAGUCAUUGUCAAGGUGACCUCCAACAAGGCCUUCCCCUGCUCAGUCAUCUCCAUCCAGGAUGUCCUGUGCCCUGUCUAUGACCUAGACAACAACGUAGCCUUCAUUGGCAUGUACCAGACUAUGACCAAGAAGGCAGCCAUCACUGUGCAGCGCAAAGACUUCCCCAGCAACAGCUUUUACGUGGUAGUGGUGGUGAAAACUGAAGACCAAGCCUGUGGAGGCUCCCUGCCUUUCUACCCCUUUAUAGAAGAUGAACCGGUCGAUCAGGGGCACCGCCAGAAAACCCUGUCAGUGUUGGUCUCUCGAGCAGUCACGUCCGAGGCCUACGUUGGCGGUAUGCUCUUUUGCCUGGGCAUAUUUCUCUCCUUCUACCUGCUUACCGUGCUCCUGGCCUGCUGGGAGAACUGGAGGCAGAGGAAGAAGAGCCUUCUGGUGGCCGUGGACCGAGCCUGCCCAGAAAGCGCUUCUCUCCUUGGUCACCCUCGGGUCCUGGCCGAUUCCUUCCCUGGCAGCUCCCCGUACGAGGGCUACAACUACGGCUCCUUUGAGAAUGGUUCCGGCUCCACUGGAUCCACUGACGGUCUGGUUGGCAGUGCGGGCCCUGGGGACCUCUCCUACAAUUACCAGGACCAUUCCCUUGAUCCUGUGGGCACGCGGCCACGACUGGACUCCAUGAGCUCCGUGGAGGAGGACGACUACGACACAUUGGCCGACAUCGAUUCAGACAAGAAUGUCAUUCGCACCAAGCAAUACCUCUGCGUGGCUGACCUGGCACGCAAGGACAAACGCGUUCUGCGGAAAAAGUACCAGAUCUACUUCUGGAACAUCGCCACCAUUGCUGUCUUCUAUGCACUUCCUGUGGUGCAGCUGGUGAUCACCUACCAGACGGUGGUGAAUGUCACAGGGAACCAGGACAUCUGCUACUACAACUUCCUCUGCGCCCACCCUCUAGGCAACCUCAGCGCUUUCAACAACAUCCUCAGCAACCUGGGGUACAUCCUGCUGGGGCUGCUCUUCCUGCUCAUCAUCCUGCAGCGGGAGAUCAACCACAACCGGGCCCUGCUGCGCAACGACCUCUACGCCCUGGAAUGUGGGAUCCCCAAACACUUUGGCCUCUUCUACGCCAUGGGCACGGCCCUGAUGAUGGAGGGGCUACUUAGCGCUUGCUAUCAUGUCUGCCCCAACUAUACCAAUUUCCAGUUUGACACGUCAUUCAUGUACAUGAUCGCGGGGCUCUGCAUGCUGAAGCUGUACCAGAAGCGGCACCCAGACAUCAACGCCAGUGCCUACAGCGCCUAUGCCUGCUUGGCCAUCGUCAUUUUCUUCUCUGUGCUGGGCGUGGUCUUCGGCAAAGGGAACACAGCAUUCUGGGUCAUCUUCUCGGUCAUUCACAUCAUUGCCACCCUGCUCCUCAGCACACAGCUCUAUUACAUGGGCCGCUGGAAGCUGGACUCGGGGAUCUGCCGUCGCAUUCUCCACGUGCUCUACACGGACUGCAUCCGGCAGUGCAGCGGACCCCUCUACGUGGACCGCAUGGUGCUGCUGGUUAUGGGCAACAUUAUCAACUGGUCGCUGGCUGCCUAUGGGCUCAUCAUGCGUCCCAAUGAUUUUGCCUCCUACUUGUUGGCGAUUGGCAUCUGCAACCUGCUUCUUUACUUUGCCUUCUACAUUAUUAUGAAGCUCCGGAGCGGGGAGAGGAUCAAGCUCAUUCCCCUGCUCUGCAUCAUCUGCACCUCGGUGGUCUGGGGCUUUGCACUCUUCUUCUUCUUCCAGGGGCUCAGCACCUGGCAGAAAACCCCUGCAGAGUCACGGGAGCACAACCGGGACUGCAUCCUCCUCGACUUCUUUGAUGACCACGACAUCUGGCACUUCCUCUCCUCCAUCGCCAUGUUUGGGUCAUUCCUGGUGUUGCUGACACUGGACGACGACCUGGACACCGUGCAGCGGGACAAGAUCUACGUCUUCUAGUGGGAGCCGGGCCCGUUGCUUCUUUCACUGGGCCCUUAGCUCCUCUGCUGCACUGCCCAGAGCCUCCGUAGUGCCAGGGGCGUGAGUCCCAGCCCUGCUGCCCAGUGCCAGGUGGCCGUGGGACAGCGAGGUCCAGCCCAGGCUCGGCCCGGGACAGUCACAGGGUGGCCUUGAGCCUUGUUCCUGCCCUCUGCCGGGGAGGAGGCCUACUCCCCUGAAACCCCGGAUGUUGGCCAAAUUGCUGCUUUCUUCUCAGUGUUGGGGCCUUCCACAGGUCCCCGUCCGUCAGCUCUCUGUUUGUCAUCUGCAGGAGAAAGGAGGGAAGUGUUGCCUGCCCAUCUCAUGCCUUGCAUUCUGCCCAUCCUUCCCCUGCCCACUGGCCUGGGACCCAAAGCCCUUUCUUCUUCCCCGAGCUUCCACUCCAGGGCCCUGGUCUGGGGCCUGAUUCUCUGUCCUGCAUCAGGGUUCUCUCCACUUCUCCUGGGUCUGCACCUGGCUGCCAUCACUGCCCACUCAGCUCAGCCAGGAUGGAUGGGGCUGUUGGAUUUUGGGGACUGGCCAGCUGGUGCUGGGCUUUUGGUGCUAAGGCCUGCGAGGGGUCCCAGGCAGUGCUGCCUCCUACCUCUGGCCUGUGCUCAGGGCUGGCUCUUUAGCAACGAGGGUCAGCCCACAUUGUCAGAGCCACCUUUGAUCGAAGGACUGAAUUCAGAGGUCACUUUCAUAACCCGUCAGCCCCCAGACUGAUGUUGGCACCAGGAUUGGAGGGAAAAAGCAACUCACUUUCCUUCCCUUCCUUUUUCUUUCCAGGCCCUUAGUCCUGCCAAGCUCCAGUUGGGGGCCUUUCAGUGCCAUUGACACUGCCCAAGAAUGUCCAGAGGCGAAGGAGGGGAGCUACAAAGAGCCCAGCCCAGCCUGCCUCCUCCACGGCCACGGGAGCCCCAGUGCCUAUCUUAGAAAGGGGCUCAGGGAAGGGACAUGACAUUCCCCUCUGUGUCCCUGGUCCAGCCUCACUCUUAGGACCCAGGACUGGCUUCUAAGUUUCCGUCCAGUCUUCAGCCAAGUUCUGUGUCAGUCACACACAUGCACACAUAUGAAAUCUUGGAGUUUACACUGAGUUGCCCCAGCUCUGGUUCCCCCGGCUGCUCUGCGCCUUGGAUCCUCUUCGCCCUUCCUGGUCUGUUCUAGACGCCAAGGUUGGGGGAGGUCAGGUCAGGCCUCGGCCUUGGGGAUGGGAAUGUGUUUUAUUCUCCUCAGCUUGUUUUUAUAGCUCUCCUUUGGGCUGGGGAGCGGAGGAGGGAGGGUCUGGAUCUUUUUUCAGAGCUCCGUUUAAUGUCUGUUUCCAUGCUAUGGUUGCAUUUCUGUUUUCUAUGAAUGAGUCUGCAUUCAAUUAAAGAAACAACCAGA